UUUGAUUGUCUGGUACGACGUUCCCAUUUAUGCCUAGACGACCAAUCAUUAAGAUAGAGAGUUAUCACAUUCUUCAUAUCUCAUCUAUACUUUCGCAAUGAUGCUCUCUUAGCUCUACACUUGGUUGUUUCCUGUUAUUUUUUCCCUUUGGAAAUAUUCUCACUCUCGUUUUCUAUCGUCUCUUGUCUUUUGUCCUUUGUUCUUUUUUACAUUUAGUUCAAAUCGUGUUCGGUAUGAAGUCGUGGUCAUGCAAUCUUUGAGCAGGUUUCUCACUGAUGCGCAAAUGGCAUGGUUAACUUCUUCUAUCAAUUGUUGUGCGGCGGGGGAAGGUGUGGAGAGCUGUGAACCAGAGAAAUCAAUGCGAAUAAUAAAUGGGCAACCUCAAUUAAUAUCUCCCCCAUUAUCACAACCUCCAGAAAGGCCACCAACAGCAUCCGCUUUUGAAAGACCAGAGACUAGAGGAAAGGAUUGGGCGAGAACUCGAUCGAGGACGUCAAGUCGUGGGAGCAGCUUUACUUUGAAAAGAAAUUUAUCAUCUCGUGCGUCAAGUCGAAUGGUGAUUAGUGCGCCAUAUAACUUCCAACAUCAUACGGAAACGAGUUAUGUGAGAGAGCCCGAACGAGUCGUACUUAGGAAAGAACCGAAAUUGCGACCGUUGGAAUUGAGUAUAUACUUACCAGGAAAUCGAUUAUCGCCCUUGCCUGAAUUUGGACCUCACUUCAACGAAGACACGAAAAAUCGUCCUUUGGUUCACAUGAGAAGUGAGUCGGCAUUGGAAUUUAGGGUACCUAGAAAACCAGUUCUAUCGACAGUUAUGGAAAGGAGAUCAAUGAACACUGAGGAGUUGUUGAAUGCUUUGUCAAAUGAUUUACCUCACGAACGUCCUACACGAUUGAGAGCAAAUACGGAACCACUUGCAUACGAGAGAGUCAAGUCUGCAUUGCUAGAGAAUGUGGAAUUGGAUAAAAAGCUAAAGCAACUUGAUGACGCUAUCGAGAGACGAAGUAUUUAUCUAGCCAGUCGACCAGUAAGUCGUGCAAGCCGAGCCGAGAGUCGACAUGAAAGGCGUGAGAGUAUAUACUCGGAGUUCACAGAACCCAUGCCACCCAUCACCGAGCUUCCACUCCACCAUGUCGAUCAUCGCCCUCAAACCGCACCUUCUCGUCCUCGCCGCAUGAAAUCCCUAGACUCUUCUCUUCACGCACCCAAGCUCCUUAGAGAACGUCCAUUACCUCCCCCUCUUCCAUUAGUCCUCCAAACACCUCAAAUUACGAAUCGAAGAAAGUCUCUAUCGCGGGUCUCCUCCUGGUUAUUCCCAUCCGGUUCCGAACAACAACACUCCCGUCACAUGUCUCUGGAUUCCGUUACCAACACUCCCAGACCCGUAACCUCUAGAGAUGGCUUUUAUCAGUGUAUCGAAGUCAAGGAAAUCCAUAAUCCACACAGUGUUAGUAGUGUGAGUAGUAUCGAAAGUGAGAUUGACGGCAAUGAAGAUUAUGAAGCGACGAGUUGGAGUGAUAGUCCAAGUCUAGUAUAUGGAGCUAGAUACGCACGGGGAAUGGGUUAUGAAGUGAGAAUUAGCGCGGAUAGCAAGAGGUUGCAGGUAGCGCCACCAAGUAGAGAUGGAGCGAGAACAUUUGGUGGGAGUGAGAAGGGUGAGGAGGCUAGAUGGAGUAUGGCUUAUGGAUAUGGAAGGGAUAGUGUGGGAGUUGCAAUCUAAGAGAUGGAGAGAUUUCUUGAUUUGUAUUUAUAUAAACAUUAACAGGUUGGUUGGGAGGAAAGUAGAUGGGAAUUUGGAGGUCAGGUUGGUGGGUGGCUUGCAUGGUUGGUACGGUCUCUUCGGUCUGGAUGGUUCGCAUGGUUUUCGAAGUUUUUUUUUUUCUUUUGUUCGCAGAGGGGAAAAAAGGUCAGGAUACUUCCUUUAUGAUACCACCUAUUGUAUUUUCGGCGUUGUGAUUUUAGAUAUACAUAGUUUAGAUAUAAUAAUGAGGAAGUAGUGUAUGUA